ACGUGAUGGACAACUGCGUCUGACACCCAUAGAUCCGGGUGGACCGAGGCGAAUGGACUUAUUUUUCACGCCAUUUACGCAGCGGACUCUUCACUAUUUUGCUCACCGAUCGCGCUCAAAAUGCCUUUUCCACCGAUAAACCUGCACUCACGGAUAACGUCGCCGGGAAAGGAGCUGUUCAGCAAAAUGAAGAGCAGGGACAAUGUCGCGCCUCCGCACUCUACGUUCAGUCAAAGAACAGGGGACGACAAGUCACCGGAGAAAGAUAAACUUUCUACAUCGUGGCCAUCGAGUCAGUUAAAGCAACCGGCACAAAAUAAGCCGAGGAGAGUCCCGCCAGUUCCCGAGACGGACAGCAAACGUUCAUGGCUGAGCGUCCCCAAACCCUUGGCUACCUCAUGCGAAAGCGUCCCGAGAUCCAGUUCUGGAGAGUCCAGCCAUAAAUAUUCUUCCAGGACCUCUCUAGCAAAACAAGAAGGUGAUCAGGAGAUCCACUUCUCCCUCAGCUUGACCCCGGAAGCCAUCCUGGUUAUCCAAAAACGCAAUCUGGAGAAACAGAUGAUGGCCAAGCAACAGAAGUGCUGCGCUUCGGCGGACUUGAGACACCGUCGCGUUGUCCCCUCUAAGAGAGCUCAGGGCAGCUCCUCCAAUAAUAAGUGCUCCGGCCCUGUUGCCAAACUGGAGGGUUCAAAUGACAUUAGCACCAUUGUGAAAAUCUCCCUCCUCAAUGAUCAGCACAAAUAUGACGAUGUGGAGUACGAGGAGGAGGAUGGAGACGUGGACGAGACUGUCGUGAGGAAGUGUAAAGAGUGGCUCAAAGGGGUGGAAAGUGCCUCUGCUUUUAGCAAAGUCGAUAAACUGUCCUCUUUGCCUCACCUGAAAAGUUGAUAACCCGAACGACUUCAUUCCACGAAGAAAGGUCCACUGUGAAUACUUUGUUCAGGUGUAUCAAACACACUAAUGUCAAAUAAGGGCGCGUUCAAACAGAACGCGUCCUCGUUAAGUAACCGCAAGACGGAGCGCAGUGGGAAGAAACAGAACACGGGUUGUCUCGAGACGCGUUUUUAAAACGUGUUACAACGCACACAACAGCCAUAGACCAACAAUAAUAGUACAAAAAAGUCUCAGGCGGAAUGCAUUGUGUAAAUGGCCGCUAAAGGGAGUUCCUGUCUGUCGCCUAUAUUUAAACAGAGUACAGAAGAAUAGAACAGAAAGCGUUUUUUUAAAGUUGAACUGUUUUUAGCAUGACAUGCCUUAACGCGCCGCUCAUGGACGCGACGCCACGGCCAAAGACGCCCGUCAGUCUUCUGCGCAUAUACAUAGAUCAACAAUAUAUAUAUUGUUUUUUUUUUUUUUUUAAACAUUAUAUAUAAUGUUUUUUGUUUUUUUUAAGUUGCGCAUCAUGUGAAUGGCCUCUAGAGGGCGUUCAUAUAACUCGAUAGCACACGUACAUCACCCAGACGUUGAUGUGUGUUUACAUCUGGAAGAUUUGUUUUUUUUAGGUUGUUUGCUCAUCCGCAAUAGGCCCACAUCAAUAGCGUUUGCUCUCGGAUAUCCAAAUUAAAUUCAGUAGAUGUCUUUGAGACGUUUAUGAUUUAGAAUGUAUGCUAAUCUGCUCUUUUUAAUAUGUCUGUCAGAUGCUAAUUAGCAUGUAAUGCUUUCCAGAUGUAACGCUGACAUUUUGGAGAUGUAGGCCAUACGUGUGCUAAAGGACUCUUUCUUUAGCACACGUAUGUGUGGGCAAAGAAAUAAAACAGAACGCGUUUUUAAAUGUUUUAAAAGUCUUAAUAACGCAAUGCUCGUGGACGCGACGCCUCGGCCAGAAAGCCCAUAUAUUUAUUUUGUGUAUAUAACUGUUAAAAACAAUAGUGCAGACGGAACGCAAGAAAUGUACUUCCCCCAAAUAUGCUUUCAUAUAGGACGUGUACUUGCCUUCAAAAACAUAAAAAUAACGUGUUUUUGCAUCCAUAUUCGUUUUUUAAAUGUAUUAUAUAUAAACACGUUUUUUCAGCAUCUCUCAGAAGAGCGUCAACGUCUUACACUUCAUGUCAAGUUUACAAGACCAUCAAAUUGUAAAAAAAAACGCGUCAUGAGACACCUGCAUUUUAGCUUGUUUUAGCGAAAACCGUGUUCGAUCUGAACGGCCCCUUUCUCAGCUUUCUUGGACUGGAAUGUUUUCUGCAUUGAAAAGUAUUGUUGAUGAUCACUCAGAGUAAUUUAGCAGGUUACCUUUAUACUACAUUGAAUGAAAAACGUUGAUUUAUUUGCACAUUGCUAUUGCUUUCACUCUGAUGGGCUAAACGACAGAGAUGUUUUGACGAAUAACUGUUGGAAUAAUAUGGAGAAUUGGUGGGAAAAGAAGGAGAAUGUCAACCAGUGAAAUGCAUCCAGUGGUGAUAGUCCUUCCUUUGUGCCAGAAAACAAUAGCCGUCAAAGACGAUACUGUCUGAGAGCCUUAGAAUGGACACUUAAUAUCUGAAACUUGUUCAAAGUUUGUAAUAUGAACCAAGGAACGUGUUUGAUCGACAAACCAGCCGUGUACAGUAUUUAUUUUGCAAUGUGAAGGUGUGUUUAUAUCCUGUGUGUUGUACCAAGUCCUUUUUAAGGGUUCUGAUAUUAAAAUCUGGAAAAUGACUGUCGAUUGUUUUUUUUUUUUUUAUCUGAACUA